AUGGCAUCUGAACAAAAUAAAGCGACUGGAUUUGUUCCCGUUUUAUAUCAUUUUCGCGUCCAACCAAAGACCACCGGUAAAACGUAUGCACUCCAGCAACCUUUCGCUACACUAUGGGAUAAUCUAAUAACAGUGCUUUGGUCGGUGUACGGCAAAGGGUCAAAAAAUAUACAAAUAGGUAUAACUCAGCUACAGUGGGCUUUAGAGUUCAUGAAGUGUAUGAAAGUGGAUUACGGUUAUCCAGAGAGUAUAGAGAAAAUCGUCAACGAACUCGAAGAUCAGUUAAUAGCACUCUAUGCAAAAGUAGGGCAGAAACUACACGAAAUAAAAGAAAAAAAAGCUCAGGAAGAAAAAGCACGGAAGGAAAACGAGGAAAAUAACGGCGCCAAAGAAGAGGCGACUGACGAGUAUAUUUCUUAUAACGAAAAGGACAUAAUGGGCAAAUUAGAAGGCAUGAAAAUGCCAUUGGAUCCAGAAACGGGCGAAAUUAAGUAUUUGACGACAUUAAAUGCAUUGGGCAAACGAAAAUCAAAACUUGACGAAUGCAACGACAAGAAAGAUUCGAAAAAUUCUCUAAGCAAGGAUUACAUGAUUGGGGCGUUGAAAAAAGUGUUGGCUAAGCCAGCGGACGAUGCCAAAAAUGAAGUCGAAGAGUUGAUAAAGCAAUUGGAGGUAACUUCAGGGAGGAAAUCGAAAUAA